AAGUGUGGGAGCGGCCACCAGCAAGAGUUGGUGGCCACACUCUGAGGCCACCAAACAUUUUUUUCCUGAGAACCCCUGUGUUAGAGAACCAAGAUGCUGGGAAGUUUUUGUGUAAUAGUCAGGGUUCGCCUGAUCUCACUUGCUUGUUUAUGGGGCUGUUAUUUCAUAGUCCUUUAAUGAGGUUAGAAUUCUUAAUUAACUCCUCAUUAUCCCGAUCUCAAGCCACACAGCAGGGGAAACUCAUGCAGGCAGGUGCCAGGGGAGAGCUUCUGAAUAGCUGCAAAACACAAACAGUGGUUUCUCCAAUGCAAACGUUUUGUACCACUCAGCGUGGGAUGUUGGCUGCAGAAGGAAAUGAUGAUGGGGCUUGAAAUUACAUUAGGUGCCAGGCACCUUCAUCUUCUUCAGCUUCUCCCAUGCAAACUGCAACUCAGAUACUGCAUAUGGCUAAAGAGCAGCAAGUAAUGAGGGGGGACGGGGACACGAAAAGGCUUAGGCCAAGGCAAAAGUGGUUGUUUCACAUUUGUUUUGGAAAAUAAUGGAGGAGAGGCAGGGAGGCUGCUCUGGAUCGCUGUAGCUGCAGAGGAGAAGACUCUUGUACCCACUGUGGUGAGGGAGAGCAGAAACCAGCCCUAUGUAAGGAAGGGUAACAGGUGGAGGAGGGGAGUAAGAAAAGGCAGUGGUUCUCAACCAGGGGUAUGUGUACCUCUGGGGGUACGCAAAGGUCUUCCAGGAGUACAUCAACUCUAGAUAUUUGCCUAGUUUUACAACAAGCAACGUAAAAAUCCUAGCGAAGUCAGUACAAACUAAAAUUUCACACAGACAAUGACUCGUUUAUACUGCUCUGUGUACCAUACACUGAAAUGUAAGUAAAAUAUUUCUAUUCCAGUUGAUUUAUUUUAUAAUAUGGUAAGCAUGAGAAAAUAAGCAGUCUUUCAGUAAUAGUGUGCUGUGCCACUUGUAUUUUUAGGUCUGAUUUUGUAAGCAUGUAGUUUUUAAAUGAGGUGAAACUUGUGGUACCCAAGACAAAUCGGCCUUCUGAAAGGCGUAGAGGAGUCUGGAAAGGUUGAGAACCACUGAGCUGGAGGGAUUUAAAAUCAAGGCUUGGAUAUGGGGAGUUGGAACCAUUCUGAGCAGGAGAUGGAGUUCUAGACCUCCCAUUGUCACUUGGGCUCAGUCCCUACGUGCAGGAGUCACUUUCUGGUGCUGAGGGAUUAGGGGGUGCUCUACUGGAGGUACGAUGCACAAUUGCACGUCUGAUGGCAUUUGGGAAAUCCAGUGCAAGCAUAGCUGCUGACUCUUCCCUGCAGCUGUAUUGACUGUGCUAUCGAAGGAAAGGUCAAGCCCUGCUUAGCUGAGGAGGCAAACAUCCCGAGGAGUAAAUCUUCUCUUCCAGAGAAGACGUCUAGACCCAUUUCUGUGUUGAUAGUUGUUUGAGUCAGCGCUCUAAUGCCGCAUGACAUUGAUUGGGAUAAUUCCCUAAAAUGUUUAGUGUUUUUUCCAAAUAAAUUAGCUUCCAUUUUUAAAGUCUGACUUUGCAUCUGCUCUGGGUACCUGAUCCCCAUUGACUUCACCCAGAUUGCUGAUUUGGGCUUCCGCAGGGCAAUCGAGAAGCGUAGUUUAAAAUCUGAAAGAGGUAUGUGCUUCAGUGUGUAGGAUUUAUCACCUUGGAGACCAUAGUCCAGCUAGUCCCAUAUCCUGCUUCCACCAGCAAGCGUGUACCUGAUGCUCCAAGGAAAGGUGAACAGCCUUUCCCAGCACUAGAGUGCAGCUGGAGCCUCUCAGUCUUUCCAGGGACCUCAGCAUGGGUGUGGGGAGGAGGAGAGUCGCUCCCUGACCCAGGCAGGGAAUUAGUUCAUACCCUAGAGUAUGAGAUUCAAUUGCCUUUGUACCAAUGUCUUCCCAAGGUAUUAGUGCCAAUGAAGUUAUCCAGCCCCCUGAUAUAUUUUGCUGACCUCCUGCAGCAGUUUAGCGUCUUUGGCCAGGCUCUGUGUUAAAGACCAGACUCUCAGUACUCAUCUGCCCCUUGGCAGACUAGUCUUGCAGUGCCCACCCCUCUAGAAGGAUUAGUAAGACCUGGGAAAAGAGUGCAGUUCAGGACCAGCCGGGAGUUACCAUCAGGCAUUGAGCAACAAAAUAAGCUCAACCAAUUUAAGAGCUGGGCACUCACCAAGCCAGGAGCCGCGGUGCUGCAGGGUGGGUGACAGCUGCAGGGAAUCAAAGGUUUUGUCAGAUUUUUGCUUGAUGUUUGACUGAUAAAGGUCUGUGUUAUGUGCUUUAUUUUCAGUUUUUGAAGUAGAGCAGCUGGAGCAACAAUAACAAUUGCAGUUCUGUCUCCCACACAUAGCUGCUUGGUCGGGAAGCAGAUAUUCCUGAGGAGGAAUCCCUUAUCAGAUCGGGGCAAAUCUCUGAGGCCUGAUCUGUUUCCGGAGUUGUGCUGCAUCCUCAGCAUAAUUUUCCUGGAGUCGGUUGUACUCCACGGGCCCCUGCAGCCCAGCGUCUUGUGCAGCUACUUACAGAAGUGCAGCGUCAGUCACCCAAUUUGUGUUCACCUUGCACUGCAGUGAAUGACUGCACGAGGCAAAGGGUAGCUCUACCCGAGAAACACUACAGUGACACAGCUGUGCUGCUGCCGAGGAGACACUGACUACAGCAGCGGUUCUUUCAUCGCUGUGUAUAUCCACCUCUCCGAGAGCAGUGACUAGAUCAAUGGAAGAAUUCUCCUGUCGACUUAGCUGUGUCUGCACCAGGGGUUCAGUCAACCUAACCAUGGCGCUGCAAAAGUUUCCCCAACUGAGUGCUAUGUGACGUGUAGACCAGGCCGUGGAGUAUUAGCUCAGGACUGUAAAGAUGAGGCACUGCUACUACAACGAGAGUGUGGGGUUUUUCUACAACAACAGCCGGAAGGAGCUGACCUCCUACUGGAGGACCAAGGAUGUUUUGGUUGUUGUCCUGGGCCUGACAGUCAGCGUCAUCGUGCUCCUGACCAACCUGCUGGUCAUCAGCGCCAUCAUUAUCAACCGGCGCUUCCACUACCCCAUCUACUACUUGCUGGGGAACCUGGCGGCAGCGGACCUCUUUGCGGGCAUUGCCUACAUGUUCCUCAUGUUCCACACGGGGCCCAGGACAGCAGGGCUCUCUCUCAGGACCUGGUUCAUCCGGCAGAGCCUCCUGGACACCAGCCUGACUGCCUCGGUGGUGAACCUGCUGGCCAUCGCAGUGGAGAGGCACCAGACUAUCUUCACCAUGCAGCUGCACAGCUCCAUGUCCAACCAGCGGGUGGUGAUCCUGAUCAUCUGCAUUUGGGUCACAGCCCUGCUGCUGGGCCUCAUCCCGUCCUAUGGCUGGCACUGCCUGUGUGACCUGGGCAACUGCUCCAGGAUGGCGCCCCUCUACAGCAGGAGCUACUUGACCUUUUGGGCCCUCUCCAACCUGGUCAUCUUCCUGAUCAUGGUGGUCGUCUACACUCACAUCUUUGUCUAUGUCAAGAGGAAGAUGACGAGCAUGUCCAAGCACACUAGCUUCCACCCCCGCUACAAGGAGACCAUGAUCAAUCUCAUCAAAACCGUCAUCAUCAUUCUUAGCGCCUUCGUUAUCUGCUGGACUCCAGGGCAGGUGCUGCUCCUGCUGGACGGCCUGGCCUGUGAGAGCUGCAAUGUGCUGGCAAUGGAGAAGUAUGUCCUCUUGCUGGCAGAGAUCAACUCGCUCAUCAACGCCAUUGUCUACUCCUAUCGGGACAAUGAGAUGCGCAGCACCUUCCGGAAGAUCCUCUGCUUUAUCUGCUACAGGAAUCCCAAAUACUCUCCUGCCUCGGUCAAGUCCAAUGUCACGAAACGCAGGAUUCUCUCGCAGAACGGCCAUUCUAUCAUGGACUCCUCGCUGUAGGAGCCUAGCUCAGGGUUCAUUCACGCUGCUCCAUAGCAACCACCCGAGAGCAGAGACCAGGGGUGACCUGUUUGUCAAGCAGAAGAACAUUUAAAAAAACCGAAACUUGUUCGAAAGCAUAAAUGUUUGAAUAAAGAGUGGCGUCAGCAGAAUGGGGCGAAAAGUUGUUAAGGCAGUGCCGAGCAGUGCCUUGCUUGGCACAGACAGACUUUGAGUUACAUACCCACUAUUAAAGAGGUGCUGUUUUUAACAGCACUGUUGAUUUAAUCUAGUAGCCUCCAAAAGGCUUGCUCCACGUUAACCAAGACGCUUGUACGAGUAUUUCUACACGAGAUACGUAUUGUCUUAGUUCUUCAGUAUUACUACCUACAGGAAUGGUCAUUCCAGUGCUGUGGAAUUCCAGGGCCAGAGCCCAAAGUCCUUUUGUUUAAUCUGUCCUUACUUAUUGAAAUCAGCAAGAACUUUGCUUGAGACUUUUGCCUGAGAGACUUCUGACCCACAGAUUUUGAAAAUCCUGUUCUCUUUAAGGUGUCUCUAGGGAAGAUCCAGUUUAUGUGAAUUCCUUUAUGAGAAGCAGUUUGCUGCUUUGGUGACGUGUCUGUUACUGAAUUUCCAAGUAUUGUGGGCUUUUCCAGAAUGUCUGAGGAACACAUACCACUUUCCUGAGCUGGAGAGUUAAGCUGCAGCUAAAAGCUCCAAUAGCAUUGUUGUUCUGUUAAGUGUACUACACAGUACUUUAUGGUCUUGACUGCAAAUUCAUUGCCUAUUCAUGAAGAUACAGUGAGUCAUGUUCCCAUGAAACUAACCCUUUCUACUCACUAAGAGCCCUUCGAUUGCUUUGUGUUGGAGUCUGAGGCAAUCAGCACUUUCCCCUAGAUUUUAACGUGCAAUUUGUAGCUUAACCCUCAAUUGUUCAAAUAGCAUGUAAACACCAUCAUUUCAAAUGUGGUCUUAAAGGCAAACCAAGACCUCUUUUUGUCUCCGCACAGCACAGAAACAAGAAGCAUUUCUCACCAUCAAUAUGCUUAGAGCCAAAUUCUCUGCUGGAGUAACUCCAUUGAUUUCAGUGGAUUUAUGGCACCAGAGUAUUCGGCUCUUGACAUGUAUGUGAACACUGCGAUGAUAUAAGUUGUGAUUGUCAUUUUGGUGCCCCCUUCUGGAGGAAGACAUUUUGCUAUAGAGAGAAUAUUUGUGACACUGGCUGUGUGGGAGACUAAACAAUUCUCCGAACUUCUUCCAUGUCAUUAACAAAACUUUAGGGUGAGAUUUGCAAAAGCACUCAGCAUUGGCCUGAGUCUGCUCCCUUGACUCCAGUGGGAGCAGAGGUAGACCAACACCCGUAACCUUUAACACAAAAUAUUUAAAUUUUUAAAAAGUAAAGAGCCUGAUCCUGUCAGGUGCUGAGCUCCCUCAACUCCCACUGACAUCAGCACGUCUCAGGAUCGGGUCCAGUGUUGUUUGGGGGAUUGCUAAGCCAAUAUGGAAGCCAAUGGAAAUUUGCUGCCUCUUCUCUCAUGUCCAAUGUUACAAUCGUAGUUACUUCUGUUUAGCUAAUGACUGUCACCAGCUGUGGCUCAGAAAUCCAGAUAGAACGAAGAAACAGCUUUCAAACAUGUUGCAUAGCUUAGUCAUGCUGGGAGAGAGAGGUUACCUUUUCAACUUCCGGCUGAGAGAAAAUGGGCAGUGCUUUGCUUGACUGGGAGAGAAUUUUUGUAUCUAAAUAUUUUCCACCAAAAAGAAAAGAGAUUAACCCUUUGGAACAGCUGCAGUUGCACCCUGGGCUUUAUGGGCUAAAUUCUCCACUCGUGCAGAUUAGCACAUCUCCAUUGAAGUCAAUGGCCAAUUUCCACUAGCAAUGAGGUGGGUCCUAUAUUUGUAGACUCCUGGGGAUUUGUCACUGGUGGUCUUCUGGGCCCAGUACAAACCUAACAGUUUUUCUACAGCUUCUGCAAAAAGUCUUGAAGCACCAAGGCAAUAAAAGUUCCUUUGUCUGAAAGGCAAAGCAAAAUUACAUUAGAAAUAUUUGUCCAGGCUUCCUCUUUUAUUAAAAGGGAAAAAUAAUUAAAAGUGUACAUUAGUUGUGGUGUUUAGCUGUGGGAUUGGUACUAAAAUUAUUUCCAGGGGGAAAACACACUGACUGUGCUUCAUGCUGGUUAUGAAUGAAUCUUUGUAGUGGAUGAAAUGACAUGCAGCCCUUCAAGAACUGCAGUUGGCUUUUAUGCCCAAUUGGGCCUUUAAUAAGUUGUGCACAUUCCUCCCAGAGAACUCUGCUAACUAGCCUGACCUCAACCAGUCUGCUGGGCUGCAGCUGUUGCACUGUUACAGAGAGCAAUAAAGUCCACUCUUACAAGUGGUUUCCUGCAGGUGUCUCAGUAGAGGAAGGGAAGCUAAUAAUAAUAAUAAUAAUUUUUCUUUAUUUGACAUUUUACUGCCACCAUAUAGAAGCUCAUCUUUGUUCUUCUGUAUUUUUUUUACUUUUUAAUUUAAAACUAGCCUGAAAGCCGAACCUGUAUUAGCAGUGACGGAUUGUUGUACGUGAGUUCCUGUUGAUUCGAAUGGCUUGUGCCAGCCAGACACUCCCCUCUGAAUGCCCUGCCUUGGAGCUUGUCGGUACUUUAUCUGUAACAAUAGAGUUGGAGGGUUGAGUAAUGACUAGGCAAAAAUUCAGCCUAUGAUUUAUUCUUCCUCUUCAAAAUGCACCUCCUCAACCCAAUCAAAACAGUAUAUAUAAAGAGAGAGACAUGGCCCAAAUCUCCUAUGGAAACAAGACCCUGAAUGACAGCUGUCACUCAUUCUGAAUGGAAAGAGAGUGGUUUGAGUCUUUAAUGAGGUUUCUCUUCCUGAGUGACUUAACCCUUAGAAAUCUAGCUGAUUUUCAAGUAGAUCUAAUAGAUAUGGGAGAGGGACAAUGAGACUCAAGAGGGACAAAGAGAAGCAAGAGUGGAAAAUGUCAGAUGAAACUUGAAAGGAAAGGGAGAGUCAGUGAGACAGGAUUGGCAGAUGCAGACACAAACCACCUAGCAAUUGAAAUAAAUGGUGUAUAUGGAAUCCACACGAUCCAAAGGGGACCUGAGGCUGUUCAAUACUCUGUACGAGAAAUUCACUUUCCAGGAAACACAAAGCCUUUAUCUAAAUACAUGGGGACAGGAAUUACCCUUUUAUGUUACAUUUCCCAUUCUUCUUUCCGUGUGUCUAACGACAUACUUUGCAGAGCAGGUUGUGAUGUUCUCUACUAAAAUGUUAGCUUCCUAGAGGCAACUUACCGACUCCAGAAAUAACUUUCUCAUAGCACAUGAAUGAGAUGCUGUCAAGUGCAUGAAAGUUUUUUUUCUUUGUCACACUGCAUUCAUGGCACAUUGUACCUGUGCUGUUCAUUUCAUCUCAGCUGUCUUAGCUCAGUGCUCAAGACAAAGAAGGCAAUAUUGACAGCAAAGCUAGCAUCCCUCGCUCUCUUCAUCUCAAGAAGAAAAAUAAUGGAUUUCUAAUGUCGAAGUAUGAACCUCCCUUUGAAGUUUCAUCUACUUUUUCAAACUUCUAAUGAGAAAAUCUUCCUGCAGCCUGAAAUCGGCCAGCAUUGUAUUAUUCUAGAUGUCAGAGGUGCAUGUGGCCAUUAGGUGGAAGGAAGGAAUAGACACCUAAGAGCUAUUUUUAAGGGAUCAGAUACGGGAUAUGUGAGAACACACAGCUUGAUCAAAGCUAGGCCACGUGGUUCCAGGAAUGAAGGGUCGUGCCUUGCUGGUGAGCUGGAAUUCCUUAAGCAAUUUACUGCCUAAAGCCUCCUUUCAGAACUGCCCUUGUAUGACUAGCAUCGAUGGUGUGGUGCAACUUUUGUUUGUUGGAACAAAAACUGGAAGAAGGGGGAGAGAUGAGGAAUUGUUUAAGGGAAAAUUAUUUGUGAAGAUCCCAAAGGCUCACCCAUCCUUCUGCAACUCAGUGACUUGGGUGAUGGCUGGAUAGUAAAACAGCUGUAGUGUUGUGAGCAGGGCCAACUGAAAGGGAGAACCCUAGGAGGCCAAACUCUGCAAGACACCUCUGCUUCUCUAAGAGGGUAGCAAGUAUGUUCCGUUCUCGCCUGUUGUUGCUCAGUAUCAAGGAGCUGGGAGCAAUAGAAGUCUAGUGUUGUUUUUAACAAGUCGAAAACACCUGGGCUAGGCGGAGGGCAGUUGUCUAAGGCUAGCAAGGAGACAGCCAGGGCUUAGAGGAUUAUGGGGUCAGUAAAGCAAUGGCUCAAAAACCUUUUUCUUUCUUUGUGUCUUGGGACAUGUUUUAAUGUAGUUGCAAAGCCUGGCUCGGAAAGUGCAUGCCCAACAGAAGUAAUUCAGGAAAGAAAAAUCACAUUGACCGUACAUCAGGUCUUUCCUGCAGUAUUUCUCUGUGUGAGAAGCUUUCCAUUGUGCCCUGUAAAUCACACACACCGGCAAUAUUUGUUUUGGCUGAUAUAAACAUACGUACGUGCUAGUCACAGACAUCAGUUGAGUUUCCUGAAUACAGGUUGCUCAGGGAAUCACAAUUAGUCAUUUGACGGUUGCUCUUGUGCACAGCAUAUGGGUGUGAAUGCUACAUGGGGAGCAGAAGUGACAAGGAUCAUACAGGGCUCGCCUUGCUUGUAUGCAGUCCACGCUACAGCUCAAGAGCCCAACUCCAAGGGAGCUUUUGCACAGACUCCCUUUGCAGCCAGAUUUGGAUCUGGGCAGCUGGAAACUGUGGUGGGAGGGAAGGUUAAUGAGAUAAAUUCAAUUGAGAUAGUAGCAGAAACCUUAAACCAGGGCCAACAUUUUCUAACUUGCAAGCCUAAAGUUAGCUACUGAGCUGGUGGAUAAGUGGUCUCGUUUUCAGAUGGGCUUAGCCCAUGCAGCUCCCAUUGGUGCCUGACUUUAGGCGUGCACAUUUGAAAAGAUUGGCCCAAGAUCAUAGCUGCUCUGCAUGAACAGUAAGCUCCUGAUUCCCAUUUCCAGUAAGGCCCCUCUGCAGUGCCAGAGGGACCCUGGUAUAAAUAAAGUGAUCCUAUGAGGCACGGCUUGUAAGAGGGGUGGCCUUGGCCUAGCUCCCGGCACUUUUUUGCAGUUUGCGGUGUCCCUGGCUGCACUGUAAUUGUAACUGUUAGUAAAGAAAUCUUAUGGGAAUGUCUCCAUUGCUGUAUCUUGGAUGAUUGUUCUAAUACUACCUGCCAUAAGCCAACCUGCAACUACUGAGAGUUAGGAGGAGCUUUCCAGUGGGCAGUUGAUCUCAUAACAACCACAGCAGGGUCGCUGGUGCCUUCACCAGCCACCAUUUGAGAUGGGGCUCGCUGGGUGCCUGCUCUGAACUGGGCUGGCUGUUCCUGUGUUUCUGCAUUCCUAGAACCCCACAGAGACUGUCACUGGGCUGAUUGUGAAAGGAGAACCACCAGCUACGGUUGAAGUGUCAGAGCUGUGGUUUUUUAAAGCGCUCAGAUACCAAGCUUAUGGGUGUAGUACAAAAUGAUAGGCAGAGUCAAUGCUGCUGUGGGUCUGUUCGUGACUAUCCCCAAGUGAUUCAAUAACCGACAGUGCAAUGGGAAGGUGGAGACUUCGCACAUGAGAAUUGCGUGUUAUGUCCUUUGAAAAACAGCCUUGUGAAUAAAUUGGUAAUUCCCAUAUUCUAUGUGCUGACCUCUUGUCCAGAGAUGGUUUUGAAAGCCCUUGAUCCUCCUUUCAGGCCACAGUGCAAACUUUCAACCAUGGACGUUUUAAUUGGAUGCUCUAGUUCUACAUUUGCCUCUGAGUCAUGGAGUUCCAUCUUUCUUUUUUUAAAUAAAAUUUUUAUAAAAGGUAAUACCCAUCCAUCCUACAGCAAUUAGCCUAAUGAGAAUGCAUGUCUCCAAGUUACACUCCUCUAAAGUAUUAUAUUAUCCAUCCAAAUGUAUCUUUUAACAUAACUCUGUCUAUGUGACACAGAGCUUAGAUUAAACACACAGAAUAAUGAAUAGCAAUGCUCAGGCAUUAAGAAACUAAAUAAUAAAAUAAUUCACACUCCCCAUCUCCUCACUCCCCACCCUGGUGUUGUAUAUAAUGAAACAAACCUACAAGUGCAGAAGACUUCUCCCCUCUAGUCCCCUGACAUUGGACCCUCACAAACUCUUAACUCAGAAUAUUGAGUUGUCUUGGCAUUCUGGUGCCAUUUGAGCACUCUCCAUUUCUGUUGGUGCUAGUGAGAGCUGUGACUGUUCAGCCUAACUUGGGGCAUCCCGAUUUUAGCCUGGCCUUACGAUUUCCAGCUUCUCACAUGCUUUUAUGAACAGGAAAAGUAAACAGUGAAAAACUAGUUCUAAAACAUAUUUCAAAUGUUCCUUUGAAUCUGCACAGUCCAUGUUGCAUCCUCUGGCCUUUUCAGUGUUGAGGUUUAUGGGCACAGACCUUUUCAGAGCUACACAGCUGUUGUGCUUCUUUCAGACUUGCCCACCCAUGACCCAGCAGCUCCCAUGUUCUCUCCCACAUGAGAACGAUGGGUAGCGACGUCAGUGCGAUCUGCACCCCAGGAGAGGAAAUUGGGGGGCAGGAAAGGAACAGUGUUUAGGCUUUCCAGAAAGCUUUGCCACAUGCUAGACCAGGAUGCUUCUAUCUAUUGCUCCAUCUAAUGCUGUAAAACACUUUCGGUCCAGAUCUUGGAGCUCUGGAUGAUAAAGGCAAGUAAAGUCUGGGGAGGGGGUGGGAAGGUGUUUUUUCAACAUGGCCCCUUUGGAUGUUUUGCAGACCAUGUGGUCAAUUGUGGAUUUUCAAAGCAGAAUAUGGGUGGUGUCUGCUCUUUAUCUGGCACCUUGUACAGUCAUUUACCCUAGUGCUAAGUGGGUAUAGAUGGCUACUGAAUCAGCUUGGUGACAUUUAACACCCUCUUUGCCCAGCUCUAAAUGAUUUCAGUUGGGUCAUGGCCCAAGGAGAGGAGAGGUUCCAAGAGAACACAGCAACAUAGAGCAGAGAGGGUUUGGAAAUCCCAGUAGCUGGGUGACUAGCUGUGUUAGAGCACAUAGACUGUCAUAGGUACUUGUUAGUGAUGCCGUUAACGUGUGUGUGUGUGUGUCCCUUUAGACUGUUUGGGGAGAUAACAUUCUUUAUUGCAAAGACUUGUGGUUCAGACAAAGACACUGUCCUGUGACUACUGUAGUCGUCUUCAUUAACGCUUAGCCAGCCAUAGCAAUCGUUCGCCAUUUGGUCUGUUCCUGCGCAAUUGCAAAGGCUUGACGGCCUGAGAGUCCAACAUUGGAACAGAUUUGAUGAACCCAUGUAAUAGGGGGUCUUCCUCUGGGCCACCUCCACCCCUUGUUUGGUGGGAUUUUAUCCUGGAUGUUACAAGCUACCCGGAGAACAGCAUUCGCUGGAAUGUUUUGUGGCAUCCUUGCAACGUGUCCGAAAAGCGUAAGGCACCGCCUGCGGACAAUGGCCCCAGUAAUCUGUAGACCUGAGCAGCCAUAAACAUCUGCGUUACAGAUUAAGUCUCUCCAUUUUAUGCCCAAUAUACAAUGUUGACAUUUUGUGUGAAAAGCCUCCAGCUUUGUCCAGUCUGAGAGGCAUAGUGUCCAUGUUUUACAGCAUGCACCUUGCUCUCCGUUCCAGGGAAGGUGUUUGUGCAUGUUUUGCUGGCAGGUCUGGAGCCUUUGCUACAUCAGAAGCGUCGUCUCCAACAGUCAGGUUUUACAAGGAACAGGUCCACAUUAGACACCAUUUUGGUCCUUCGCUGGUUGUCGGAGAUACAGUGCAAGUUCGGGAAGCUGCUGCACGUAGCAUGUGUUGAUCUUAAGGCUGCAUUUGAUUCAGUAAACUGUCACGUUAUGGAAGGCUUUAAAGGGCGUAGGUGUCCCUACCACUCGGCUGGACUUAAUUAGAGAGCUGCAUAAUGGAACCACUGCCCAUGUUCAUCUGGGGAACCAGAUGUCAGUGCCUUUUAAAUCAGUAUCUGGUGUUAGGCAGGUUUGCGUUUUGGCCCCUGCACUCUUUUGUCGGGCAAUGGAUUUCUUAAUGCAGCAUUCCGUCAGGUCCACAGGCAUUGAGAUCGGUGAUCUCUCACUCACAGACCUUGACUAAGCUGAUGACGUUCUUUGAGUACAGAACCCGACAGGUUUCGUGAGGCACUCCAGCUUAUGGAGGAGGAGUCAGCUAAGAUUGGUCUCCAUGUUUCAUGGUCAAAGAUAAAACUGCAAAAUCUAGGACUAUGUCCACCCGCGAUUCCGAUCUCUUUGAACAACAAAACUAUCAAAUCAGUUUCCUGCUUUUGUGAUCUGGGUUCUAUACUUAAUAACUCCUCCAGUUCUCACACGGAGGUUCUCCAUCGGAUUGGCAUAGCAGCAUCUGCCACGGGCCGUUUACACAGAUAUGGAAUCAACAUCAUCUUAGUAUGACAACCAAGUUCAGGAUUUAUUCGAGUUGUAUCCUUCCCAUGCUGUUGUACGGCUGUGAAACAUGGAUGUAGUCUGCAAGGGCUCUUAGACUAGAGGGUAUGAUGAGGCUGUUCGUGUCAGGCUGGCCAAAGAAAUAAAACCAUCUGUCUGUAAAUAUGGCAUUCAAAGCCCAAAAUGGGGCAGGGAUCAGCAGUAUUUGGAAAAGUUUGUGUUGGAAACUCUAGUGGAAAAUGUGCCUUAAGAGUGAGUCCAUAUGCCAGCAUCUGCAAUGCCACAGAUACCCACAGGGUGGCAUCACAAUAGUUCAGUGGAUCACUCCUCAGAACCUUUAAGCACAGAUUGUGCAUAAUGGAAGUUGGAGGUACUGACUGAAAGUCCUUAAGGAAUGUGAAGGCCAAAGCCAGGAGGAUCCCAAGGAUGAGCAGUACAUUUGUCAUAUUGUCAUGUUCCAACACAUGAACAUCUUUGGGCUUCUGACAUCCAGACAAAAGUUGGGUAGUGAGCAAGUUACUGUAUGCCUGGAAAGAAGUAGCAAAGCCAUUCUGAAGGGCGUCAGAACAUGCUUCAUAUCUAAAAAUAAAUCUCAUGACAGGGAAAGCUGCUACCCAAAGCCCACAAAGUGCGCUGCAGCCUGGGACUUUCCGUUUGGCACCGUGUCAAGCUGGGACUUUUUAUAU